AUGUUUCGCUACCAAAUCGAGAUUGGGGCCUUCCUGGUCGGAUGCACCCUGGCCAGUGCAAUACGGCUUUAUUCUGCAAGAAAAGGUGUCGACGAAGGCAAAAUUCGACUACCGGUACAUGACGAGGACGGCCAGCUUCGACACGACCCAUUCGACGUUACGACACAGGAAGAUGUGAUAGACGGGUACCCUAUUGAGGAGGAAUUGUUUUGGAGACGUAUGAGGUGGCGGAAACUCUCCAUCACAAUUGUUCUGGCGCUCACAGUAGCUCUGAACGCGGUCGCGUUGGGAUAUGCCAUUUCCAACGACGACCUUCGGGAAUUGAUAGUCGCAGCCCUCCAGCUGGCAUUCUCUCUCUACUGUGUCGUCAUCUCAGCCCAAGCUUCAUUGACGGACGAUGCGGACGCGCAUUGCGAGUUGAUUCUGCAUUUAGCGGUGCUGUCAUGCACUGCCGCGUUAUCAUUGCUCUCUGUCGCCAUUCUACCGGAUACGCCAGUCCCCGUCAUCAAGGACAUUGUCUACGAUCCUGCUCUCCAGGGCCUAUGGUACUCCAUCGUUGCCCUUUACACCCUCGCCUGCGUCAUUACAUUCACGACUCCAACGGGACCUCCACUAAAUUACCCACCGGAAUUCAUCUACGCGGAGAAGACCGUCAAGUCGAUAACAAACCCGGACCCAGAAAACGUCUGUGGGAUCACAGGAUCUUCGUUAUGGGAUACGCUCAUGUUCUCGUACACCACCAAAGUGGUCUGGCUCGGAAAUCUCGCUUCAAGUCUGGAAAUCGGUGACCUGCCCAUUGUCCCAGGAAAUAUGCGUGCCGCAUCCAACUAUUCGCUCAUCAGGAAGGGGAUGCGCACAGUUCAGCUCAAAAUCUUCAAUUGGAAGCCACGACCCGGAUCGGGUUGGGACCUCGGAUACAAGUUGAUUCGCUUGAACAUAUUUGCUUUGCUUGUUGAAGUGUCGCUUGCUGCUGUUUCCGCAGUCCUCUUCUACGCGCCGGCGUUCUUUAUGAGACACUUAAUUUCGUAUUUGGAAGCUGAUCCUGACCGCGAGAAUAAAGGCUGGGGAUGGGUGUACAUUUUCGGACUCUUUGCCGCCAAUGCCAUCGGAUUCCUCAUUGCUGGCCAGCUAUGGUCCUUAGCGACGACGACGGUUCAAGUCCGACUUCGAGUUCAGCUCAACACCAUUCUUUUUGCCAAAACGCUUGUUCGCAAGGACGUUGCUUCCUCUGCCCCCAACACUGGUUCGAAGGACGCGAAGCCCGGUCAAAGUGCCAGCAAUGGGGAAAACGCGCAAGCGCCCGCAUCCGACGAUAAGGAGGACGACUUUUCCAGCAAAGCUCAGAUUAUGACUUUGAUGACGACAGACGUUGACAGAGUCAGCGAAUUUGCCUGGCAUCUGUUCACCCUCGUCGAUUCCCCGAUUGAAAUCGCUAUUGGCACCUAUUUCUUGUACAAUCUCCUUGGUGUGUCAUGUUUCUACGGACUGGCGGUGAUUUGUCUGUUCCUUCCCCUGAAUCAUGCCGCCGGGAAGAUCUUCGUUGGCGUUCAGGAAAAUCUCAUGAAAGCCCGGGAUGAGCGGAUCUUGGGAGCUAUACGGAUGCUCAAGUUCAUGGCCUGGGAGCGCAGCUUCGAAAAGCGUGUAUUGGCUAUCCGAGAGAAGGAACUGAAGUAUCAAAAACGCCACUACAGGAUUGAGACGCUCUGGAAUGCGAUUUGGAAUGGUUCGCCGAUCCUCGUCACAUUGGUCGCUUUCUGGCAUUUUGCUAUCGUGCGCCAACAACCACUCACGCCGUCGAUUGCGUUCACUUCCAUCAUCGUGUUCUCCGAGAUGAAGUUUGCCCUGAAUGCACUACCAGAAACCUUUAUCAACAUGUUGCAGUGCUUGGUGUCAUUGCGCCGUGUUGAGAAAUAUAUGAGUGGUGUCGAAGUUAAUCCCGUUCCCCCUCUCGACGAACAGCCCAAGAAGAUUGCGUUCCAGUCCUGCACCGUAACUUGGCCUCAAGACCGAUCUCAGUCCAGCAAUGCAUCAAGCCUCGCGCCAUCUGCAUCGGCCACGCCCCGCAAUAAGUUCGUGCUCGUCGACCUUACUCUGAACUUCCCUCCCAGAGAGCUCUCCUUGAUCUGUGGUAAAUUGGGAUCCGGAAAGACGCUGCUGCUUCUUGCAUUGCUCGGCGAGGCGGAUAUUCUUAGCGGGCAGAUGGUUUGCCCUCGCUCCCCUCCCGAUUCUAUUGCUACGUAUUCCAAGAUGGACGUUAGUAAGGAAGAGUGGGUCGUUGAUGGAAUGUGUGCAUACGUGCCUCAGGCGGCUUGGCUUCGGAACGCAUCCAUAAAAGAAAACAUCCUCUUUAGCCUCCCCUACGACGAGGAACGGUACCAUAAAACUCUCGAGGCUUGUGCGCUCGUGAGCGAUCUUGAAAUCCUGGAAGAUGGCGACGAAUCGGAGAUUGGAGAGCGUGGGGUGAACCUUUCAGGUGGUCAAAAGGCCAGAGUUUCUCUCGCUCGCGCCGUCUAUUCUCGAGCUUCGAUCCUCUUCUUGGACGACGUGCUGUCUGCAGUGGAUGCCCAUACGGCGCACCAUCUCUAUCACCAAUGUCUCAAGGGUGAGCUGAUGGAGGGGAGAACUGUCAUCCUUGUGUCCCACCAUGUUCAGUUGUGUGCCAGCGAGGCAGCCUACAUCGUGGCAUUGGACAAUGGUCGCGUGAUGUUUGAAGGCGACCGAGAUGCGUUUAAUUCUUCUGGUAUCAUCAAGAAACUUGGCCAAACAAGCGAAACGGGACAGCAAGAUGAUCUCGAGGAGAAAGAGCAACUGGUAGAGGCUGAGGAAGCAAUCUUUGGCCGCGGAGAGGGAAGCCAAUCGGAAACCAGUUCCACAGUCGUGUCAUCAUCGCUUGUAUCCAAGAAAGAAAAGAAGCCUGCACGCAAACUCGUAGAAGAGGAAACACGGGCAGUUGGUCGAAUCAAGAAGGAUAUUUGGGUCACAUUCCUCAAAGCCUGUGGAAACAAUUGGUUUUGGCUAUUGUUCGGCUUUGUCUUUGCCCUGGCGUCCGUUACUCCUGUGUUGGAGAACAACUGGCUCAGAUAUUGGUCUGCUUCUGCUCUGGAAGGGCGUGGUGAAAGCCCGGCCUUUUACAUCGGCGUAUACGCUGCGAUAACCGGUGUCGGCCUCAUCAUCACUACCUCUCGCUGGUUCGUACUCUACGAUGCCUCCAUUCGGGCUUCGACCGUACUCUACAAGAGGUUAUUGGAGACUGUCCUAUUCGCCGAUAUUCGUUUCCAUGACACUGUUUCGCGGGGCCGCCUCCUCAACCGCUUUGGUAAAGACUUUGAGGGAAUUGACAGCAGCCUCGCGGAUAACUUGGGACGAACCAUCAUUACAGCUUUAUCUGCCCUGACCACUAUUGUGACCGUGAGCGUCGUCGGAGGCAUUCCGUUCGUAGUGGCCAUCGCCAUUCUGGGUGUACUCUAUUGGAAUGCUGCAAAGGUUCCGUCUCUCGAUUCUUCCCACAUGCGCGCUGUUGCUUAUUCCAGAACAGGUCUAUGGACAAACCUCUCGAGAUAUGAGACGUCUUGGUCUCCCCUGUAUUCCAUGUAUGGAGAGACGAUCUCUGGUGUCCCAGUGCUGCGGGCCUUUGGAGCGUCAUCAAAGUUGUUAAGGGACAUGCUUCGAUGUGUCGAUACGAACUCGAACCCGUACUACUGGAUGUGGGGAGUCAACCGCUGGUUGUCAAUCCGAUUCAAUCUCCUUUCGGCGGCCAUUGUCGGUGCAGCGGGACUCGCAUGCCUUGUGACACCUAGUAUCAAUGCUUCCUUGGCCGGCUUUGCUUUGGCUUUCGCUACGACGAUCACCAACGACCUGCUGUUCAUGGUUCGUCGAUUUGUAGCCCUUGAGCAGUCUAUGGUCGCGUUGGAGAGAAUCAAGGAGUACUCCGAAUUGAAACGUGAACCUGCUGAAUUUAUCGAACCCCGUCCGCCCGUAUCUUGGCCUUCACAGGGUGAAAUCCAAGUUGAAGAUCUUGUCAUUCGCUAUGCUCCCGAGCUUCCCGAUGUGUUGCAUAAUUUGUCAUUCACUAUCAAACCCGGAGAGAAGGUCGGAAUCCUUGGUAGAACCGGUUCAGGCAAAAGCACCCUAGCGCUUUCCUUCUUCCGCUUCGUGGAGCCCGUGAACGGACGGAUUUUAGUUGAUGGUCUCGACAUUUCCAACAUCGGCCUUACUGACCUUCGUAGCCGCAUAACGAUUAUCCCUCAGGAUCCUACGAUUCUGAGUGGCACAUUACGUUCUACUCUUGAUGUCUUCGAUGAAUACGAAGAUGUGGAGAUUUACGAAGCUCUUCGUCGGGUACACCUGCUGCCCUCUGGGGGCGACGAUGAAACUCCGGAGACCGUCAACGCCAAUGUGUUCCGAGAUCUCGAUUCCUCAGUUUCUGAAGGGGGUGAAAACUUCUCAACUGGGGAGAAACAACUGUUGUGCAUGGCCCGUGCCAUCCUCAAGCGUUCGAAGAUCCUUGUCAUGGAUGAGGCGACUGCAAGCGUGGAUUAUGCGACAGAUGAACUUAUCGGAAAGACAAUUCGGCAUGAAUUUGCUGAGAGCACGAUUUUGACGAUUGCCCACCGCCUGCGUACGGUAAUUGAUUAUGACAGAGUCAUGCUCCUGGAUCAAGGCCAAAUCGUGGAAUUCGACAAGCCCGCUACAUUGCUCAACGACCCAGACUCCAAAUUCUAUGCUUUGUGCAAAGCAACAGGAAAAGAAGAAUUUGCCAUGCUCACGAAGAUGGCGCGAGUUAAUGCUACGACAUAA